AUGACCGGCUCUCAAAGAAGCGAAUUAGUUUCAACCAUUCUACAAUUCGUUGGUGAUACAGGUCUGCGGAUGGGCGCCAAGAAUCACGUACAUUGGUUAGCCGAAACCGUUGCAUGUAUUUACAUAAUUAUAUAUACUAUGGAGAUAAUUGCUGUUGUAAACGUCCGCCAUGACUCCAUCAAGUUCUUCGAAUACAUUAAGGACCUUUCUCUUGGUGGAAUUGGUAUUAUAAAACUGAUUUCUUUGAGGAGAAAUCAUCAUCGUUGGCAUUUACUUCUUGAGAAAGCUACUAAUAUUGAAAAGGAUCAGUUGGAAUGGCAAUCUAAAUGCGAAAAUGACAGUAAAGACGAUUCAUUUGCAUUUUCAGAGUAUAUUAGUGAUUACAGUAAGAAGUUUCAAUUGACUUCAAAGGUUUUAUCUUACACCUAUAAGAUAACUCUUGUGGUGUAUGUUUCCUCACCAUUUCUAGAAUAUGGGUACAGAAAAUUUUUCGGUGGUGGAACAGAUGACUUACCUCACAUUUUACCAAGUUGUUCACCGUUAGACGACUAUAGUUUUGCUGGUUACAGUUCCAUAAACCAAGGCCAAGGGCCGUACGGCGCCGCAUACUGGUCUCUCAGUCCUGGAGUCAGAAAGCAGCUGACAAUUCUAGCGAUGGGGAUGUCGAGUCCGUGUAAAUUGUACGCCGGCCCUUUUAUAUCACUAAAUCUGCCAUCGUUUGUACAGGUUCUCCGCACUGCUUACAGCUAUUACGCUCUCAUAAAGAAUAAGAAGUAA